CCCUCUCAAAUAAACUUUACCAAAUCCUUUGUUCUGAUUUGUUAGGUUUUAGAAGCACAAAAAUUUCACAAGGCGCAGAAAUUAGGCCACAUUCCUGCAGGAAGCCCACCAUACACUUACAGCAAGAGCUGUGAUAUGUGGUCGCUUGGGGUGAUCAUCUACAUCAUGCUAUGUGGCUACCCGCCUUUCUACAGUGAAAACCCGCGCAAACAACUGUCUCAGGGAAUGCGACGGAGAAUAAUGGCUGGUGAAUACGACUUCCCACAUCACGAAUGGGGGCGUGUAUCUGACCUUGCAAAAGAUGUUGUCAAAAGGCUCCUGAAUGUCAAUCCAGAGGACAGAAUGACAAUACAGCAACUCCUGGUGCACCCAUGGCUAAAUAACGGAAAGGCUCCAAACACUCCUCUCCAGUCUCCUCACCAUUUGAUGGAUGAAGAAUCAUUUGAGGCAGCUAUGAAUGCACAUUCUGCGAUGCUUACUGAUAUGAGAUUGCCUGAACAAGCUUUCGGAAUUGACUCCAAUGCGAUGGCAAGGAACCCAAUAAUCCAAAGACGAAAGGCACCUGAUCAUGGGUAUGAGUCAGGCAGCGCAUGCGAAACACCAAGAAUGACGUCAGAGGCCUGUAAUGAACAGGAUGCUAAGAUCGAAUCAAUACGGGAUAUAAUAGGCUUUUGUUACCUACCGCCAAAUUAUUCAUCAGGAAUGAGCUUUGAGCAAGGACUUUGUUCUUUUGCAAUCAAAGCUAUUCAAAUGAAUCCUGGAUUGAUACCGCUGCAAAAAGCACUAAAGAUCGAAUCAUUUAAUGGUCGUGUUUUCAUGGGUCCUGUGAACAGAAAAAGACUCGCUGGAAAUUUGUCAGACGUUCUUAGCUGGAUGGCAGAGUGUUCACGGCAAUAGUUAUUAAUAAACGUGUUUCUUAAUUGCGCUGAAGUGCGAAUUUUGGAAGUAUCAGAUCGUGAACCUGACAUGAUGAUACAAUCCGAGUUUGGAGAUAAAGGGGCUUUGCUCUUACAGCUGCUUAAUAGCUCCCUUUCGCACAGGCCCAGGCGCCUUUUGUUGAGCAGAAGCCAUGUAUGGGUUGAUUGAAAGUAACCUUAAGAAUUCUUAUGGUGAUCUUUUAGGACUUAGGGGAGUUGGGGGAAUUUUUGAAUUUCAGGUUGAUACUCUCAGCUUAUCUUAAUAUGGUUGGUAAAUUACUUAAGUGUAGAUGGCCUACGUGCGGUAUUUAUUUGUUUGCUAUCAGGGGCCUAUAUUAUAUGAUCUCGAGAGCCGGCUAAAGGCACUCUGUUCCGCCAGUUAACCGUUCAAAGUUAACAGUGGGCUUUUCAGCGCGUUUAUAAUAACAGUGGGCUUAACAGCCCGAUUGGAUAAAUAACAAUAGGUCUAUUAUAUAAUCCAACCAAUGGGAAAUUUUAAUAUCCAACGAAAUGCGUCGAGACAUGCGCCUUCAACUCCAGACAUCUGCCAAAGAAAGAACUUUGAAAAGGAAAGGAGAACACUUCGUUUUCUCGUUAACCUUCAUUUGCUGUUUCAUUUGUUGUGCGACGCUCAAGAAAUUCUCAGUAAAAGCCUUAAAGAAAUCCUCUUUUAAGAAUUUAACUAACAUUUGUUUCAAUAUUUUAGUUUUUUCAUUGAAGAACAUGAUAUGAAAAAUGAACCACCCUGUUUGGUAUAAUAUGUACAACUCUUGCAUUGGCAUUGCAAAACAUUUCCCCUUCCUUCCCGAAGGGGUAUAAGAGUUAAAUAAUUUACCCAGUGCUUUCGCAGUCUGCCUGUAUAUUUCAAGCCACAGUGCCAAGCACAAUUAUUAUAAGCACGUCAUCAAUUCAACUAAACAAUGACGUCAUUAAAAGUAUUUAACUUUAUCUCUAAGAAUAGAUUAGCCUAAUAAAACUUUUCUAAUUAUUGAAAUAGCUUUUUGAAUUUUUCGUUUAUUAAAGAUUUUGGAAAUUUUGAAUUUUGGUAACUAUGCUCGAAAUAUCAUUUAUUAUGUAUGUCGACUGAAUAAUAAGACUGUAGAAAAAGUUAGAAAU